CCCGUACCAGAGAUAGACAUGGUCAGCGACGGCUUCAUUACCUCGUCGGAAUCAUUGCUGGAACAUCAAACAAGUUUUAUCUACGGCUUCGAUAACCCUGAGUCGACGGCAUCAUCUGGAGCAUUGGUAGAUGCUGAUGACGUGUGCUCUUCCACCACUUCUGGACUGUGUAUCAAGCUCCGGUUCACAGGCGCCGAUCAGUUGGCUCCAAUAUUUCUUCGUAAACUGCAGAGCAUUCACGCUGCACUAUCUUCGUCAAUUGGUCUUCCUCCCGGAUCAAGUGUUGCUGGUUCAACUUCUACUUAUCCGGCUCCGUGGGUGCUGGUUGGUGCUCAGAGUCUCGGUGGGGAUACUUCGUGGUCCUUCUUCGUGGGCGGGUCGUCAUCAAGCGGCAAUGCCCAGAGCUUCCGUCUCACGUUCGAAGCUGUAAACUCGAUGCAAGAUAUGACCACUACCACACCCUUCACCAUAGACCUGGAGUUUGUUCCUGACGACCCAACUGUCAUCCCCAUUGUGCGACGUCGGCAGUUUGGCGACCUCGCGGUGGUAGACACCACUGGCCAGCCUGAACCAGCAUUUAUCACCUCUGAGAUUCCUGAUCUGAUCGACGAUGGAGACGAAGUCACUGGUAUCACCAUAACAUUGGAUUUGGAGCAGCCUCGACUUGGUGGACUGUAUUCAGGUUCACAACUGGAUGAUGUAGCCCCAACUUGCAGCGAGUGCACGACGUUAUUGGAGGAUUGCAGCAGCUCGCCCGAGUGCCGAGCGUUCUCAGCGUGUAUGGGUGUUCUGCUUGAGGCAGACUUGACACUGAUAGCUACGAUGCUGGAGAAGGACGAUAUCGACAGCAGCGUUGAUGCAACUUGGCUGCUGCAGGACUGCUUGAGUCCAUCGGACGGCACGGAAUGGUCGAGUACAGUGCGUGAGCUGCUCGAGUCCAGCUACGCUUGUCUGUGGGCGAAGAGCUGUCCACUGGCAUACAGCACCACAAUAGGGAGGCAGAUCGUGCUGGACUACAGUCCUGGAGAGCAGAUCUUGACCUUCGACCUGGCGAGCGGAUUCGCCAGCGUCAGCUUCGAGCUCGGCAACUGGGCGUACAGUUUUGUCGAGGACUUCACGGCGAACGCGACGGAAGUGACAGCCCAACUGGACACGAUGCUGAUGGAGAUGUACCGCACUGCGCUGUCGAAUGUGGCGACGGUGAAGUCGGCCCUCGUCACGACGGAAGACUCGAACACGGGAGUGGUGACGGCGCAGUUGACCAUUCUCUACGAGUUCCUGGGCGCACUGCCACAGCCUUAUGUCGCAGAGAAUGGAGGUUCGUUGGCGUGCAAUACCACCGAGGAGGCUCUGCAUCUGCGCGUACUAGCCAUAACGUAA